GCCUAGCUUUCGAUAUUUCGUUGAGUUUUCGUUGAGGCAUCGUCAAGUUGCUGUCGUUCGUUUUCGUCUCUUUAAGUCAUUCGAAAACUUUAAAAAGCUGCCUUCGAGCAGCUCAACUCGUGUCUGGCUGGAAAUGUGCAAUUCAGUUGCCAAUUGGCUGCGUCUUUUAAAACAACUUGCUGCGGUUGCUGGUAAAUCGAGACUGCAAACAUAACGGUUUUACAACUUGGCAGGAUUACGCAGCGAAAAAGAGGGGAAGACAACAAGCGAAAUAAAGAGCCAAACAAGCCGAGCGUGAAAUUUAAUUUAAUUACAAAUUAAUAACCAUAAUUUAAAAAUGUGCCUACCCUACCGUCUGGUCUAUUUAACAGUUCUGCUAGCUGCCUUGGCUCAAGCACGUCCCCAGCGCAGCCUGCAACACAUUGCGGUUGUAGAGAACGCCGCCUGGGAGCAGACAUUGCCCCAGCAAUUACAGAAUCCCUUUUAUAAGACGCCGCGUGUCAGGGAUGCUCUAGCCAGAUCCAGUUGGUUUGGGCCCGGCGAGCAGGUGGUUCUGGAGCGCCAAGCGGAAAAAAUACCGCGUAUGGAAAUCUAUAAUGUGCUUGCCCAUGCCGGUCUAAUACCAUAUCGCAAACAUUUCUAAGAACUCGACUUGUAAUCUCUUAUAUUUUAUAGAAAGAACAAAAUAUCGAA